GAGAGGGAGCGAAGGAGGAAGAGAGAAUAGACAGAGAGGGGGUGGCAGAUAGACUACAGGAGUGAUUGUCGAGUGUUACAUGUGGCCGUGGGCUCACAGAAGGGAAGAAAAGGGCGUCCUCCUUGCCUUUUCUCAUGUUCCUCCGUCCGGAGGAAGGGGCGGACUCGGCGCCAGUACACACCCGCGGAUAGGUCUUACUCGCUCGGCUCGAGAGUCCGUGGCGGGUCGGCGCCAACCGGCGAAUUGACGCGGAACUAGCUUCACAUUUGACCAAAGAGACACCAGAGAAAAUAAGUCAGGGCGGCUGGACUGAAGGUCCCUGGUCGCCGAAGAGGAAGUGAAAGCAGCAGGGAGAGGACAAGUCGAGGCAGAGGAAGGACAAGAUGCCGCUGGCUCAGCUGGUGGAUCCCUGGCAGAAGAUGCCGCUGGGGGGGACGACGGGGGAGGAUGCUCAUAACGACCUUGAGGACUCGGUGGGCGAGGACGACGGCGUGACGCCCAGCAAUGAUGACGUGUCCAUCAAGGAGAUAAGCAUCACUCACCAUGUGAAGGAGGGAUGUGAGAAGGGUGACCCUCGUCAGUUCGAGCUGCGCAAAGUCCUGGGGCAAGGCUCCUUUGGCAAGGUCUUCCUGGUGAGGAAGGUCACAGGUCCAGACGCCGGCCAACUGUACGCUAUGAAAGUCCUCAAGAAAGCAACACUGAAAGUGCGCGACCGGGUCAGGACAAAGAUGGAAAGAGACAUCCUGGUGGAGGUCAACCAUCCCUUCAUCGUUAAACUGCACUACGCCUUCCAGACAGAGGGGAAACUCUACCUGAUCCUGGACUUCCUGAGAGGGGGAGACCUCUUCACUCGGCUUUCUAAAGAGGUGAUGUUCACAGAGGAGGACGUCAAGUUCUACCUCGCAGAACUGGCGCUGGCUCUCGAUCACCUUCACGGCCUCGGCAUCAUUUACAGGGACCUGAAGCCUGAGAACAUCCUGCUGGAUGAGGAUGGACACAUCAAGCUUACAGACUUUGGCCUGAGCAAGGAGUCCAUCGACCACGAGAACAAAGCGUACUCGUUCUGUGGGACGGUGGAGUACAUGGCUCCGGAGGUGGUCAACAGGCGAGGACACACGCACAGUGCAGACUGGUGGUCGUACGGGGUGCUGAUGUUCGAGAUGUUGACGGGAACGCUGCCAUUUCAAGGCAAAGACCGGAAGGAGACCAUGACCAUGAUACUCAAUUUAGGUCUUCAGUGUUCAACUUGUGUCUGCAGGGCCAAGCUGGGAAUGCCGCAGUUUUUAAGUUCAGAAGCCCAGAGUCUUCUCAGGAACCUUUUUAAGCGCAACCCCAGCAACAGAUUAGGAGCGGGUCCAGACGGCGUGGAGGAGAUCAAGAGGCAUCAGUUCUUCAGCACCAUCGACUGGAAUAAACUCUUCCGCAGAGAGCUCGCGCCUCCCUUCAAGCCGGCGGCAGGACGACCCGACGACACCUUCUACUUUGACCCGGAGUUCACCGCUAAAACGCCCCGCGAUUCUCCGGGAGUCCCGCCCAGUGCCAACGCCCAUCAGCUCUUCAGAGGAUUCAGUUUUGUGGCAAUAACCGAAGAGGAAACACAACCGAUGCCCAACGCUAUUGUUCAGAAGCUCCACAGAAGCACGUCUCAGUUUUGCGACGCCUACGAGGUGAAAGAGGACAUCGGCGUGGGCUCCUACUCCAUCUGCAAGCGCUGCGUGCACAAAGGCACCAGCAUGGACUACGCCGUAAAGAUCAUCAACAAAGCCAAGCGGGACCCCAUGGAGGAGGUGGAGAUCCUGCUGAGAUACGGCCAGCACCCCAACAUCAUCACGCUCAAAGACGUGUACGACGACGGCCGCUCCGUGUUCCUGGUCACGGAGCUGAUGAAGGGCGGAGAGCUGCUGGAUAAAAUCCUCCGCCAGAAGUUUUUCUCCGAGCGAGAAGCCAGCGCCGUUCUCUUCACCAUCGCCAAGACGCUGGAGUACCUCCACGUGCAGGGGGUGGUGCACAGAGACCUGAAGCCGAGCAACAUCCUCUAUGUGGACGAGAGCGGGAACGCCGAGUCCAUCAGGAUCUGCGACUUUGGCUUUGCCAAGCAGCUGAGAGCGGAAAAUGGCCUGCUCAUGACGCCGUGCUACACCGCCAACUUUGUCGCUCCCGAGGUUCUGAAGAAGCAGGGUUACGAUGCAGCCUGUGACAUAUGGAGUCUCGGAGUGCUUCUCUACACCAUGCUAACAGGCUUCACUCCUUUUGCCAACGGCCCUGAAGACACGCCGGAGGAGAUUUUGGCCCGAAUCGGCAGUGGGAAGUUCUCACUCACUGGAGGAUACUGGAACUCUGUGUCUGUUGAGGCUAAGGACCUGGUGUCAAAGAUGCUGCACGUGGACCCCCACCAGCGGCUGACGGCCGGUCAGGUCCUGCGCCACCCGUGGGUGACGCACCGAGACCAGCUACCCAAAUACACGCUCAACAGGCAGGACGCUCCUCACCUCGUCAAGGUGACUUUGGGAGCAAUGGCAGCCACGUACUCGGCCCUCAAUAGGAACGUCCCGCCCGUUCUGGAGCCAGUGGGCUGCUCCACUUUGGCGCAGCGGAGGGGUGUGAAGAAGCUCACCUCCACCGCUCUGUGACCUCACCACCGAGGACCACCAUCCCCUCCCCAACCCCUCCCGUCAACUCUGACCUCUAGCUGAACUUGGACAGACUACUGAUGGAAUCCAGGGAGCGCUGACGCCCAAAAAAGGAGCACACAGAGGCCGCCGCCCUCCUGCACACUUGACGUGCUCUUCUGAUUGGACGGCUGACGGCGUUCUUCCAAGAAAAACUUGUGAUUUUUUUGCUUUGGACAAUCAGAACAGGAAGGAAGCGUGCGUGUAUAUAAACCUCAAAGUGGGAUGUUUAAUCAUAGAAACACAAUAGUCCAACAGAAGCAUUUAAAGCCAUAGGAUACUUUGUUUUUAACUUCCCUAUCGUCACGGUGAUGUCAAACGUGACAUCUGACGUACGUGACCUUUUGUGAUUUGUCGGACCCCAAAGCUGACAAACACUCAGUGUCGUAGAAUAUAAUGCUGCGUUCACAUCGGAUGCGAAUUUAACCAUUCGUGUGACCUGAUUGCAUAUAAAGUCAAUGAAGUUCACGUGAAUCGGCGUGAAUACCUGUUGGUCGACACAUAUGACGCGUUUGACGCGACGUGUGUGUGGACAGCACACGAAAAUUCACUUCUUUUCUUCUUUUGGGAGAUUUGAACUACUAGCCACAAAUUGCGUCGCGACAACCAAUCAGUUUCGAGAAUGGUGAGCAAAGGGCCUGCCUAGGGGACGAGACGUGCCGCUGGCCGCUUGGUCAUUUAUUCGAUAUCCAGUAUAUGGAAUAAAUCCUCAAAUCGCUUUCUAUUGUCCUCCACUGUCUCCACCAGUAAUGUGACAGGAAUUGGAAAUGGCUGCAGGCUGACUUAGUCGUGUUUCCAUCUUUGAUGGACAGGUGGUGGACAAUGGGGCUUGUCACUCCAUGCUGACGCCGUGAUGUCAUGCAUAUGCAAAUUAGUUCUUUACCCUCAACUUCUUUCCAGUUUUGUUCAUUACGACUGCAAAGUUUGUCACAAAUUUUGGUUCCAGGGGGAAAAAAAUUGCAAGGACCCCUCUUUAUCCAAGUGCCAAUUAAACAUUAUUACCAUGUGCAUUCCUAAAUGCCACAGCAGUUACGUUUCAACCUAGUCAUGAUUUGCGCUAAGCCCAAAGCACUGUCUAAUUUCAAGUAUUGCUUUGGUGCCAUCUUGUGCCAUUUUACAAAUUGACUGUUUAAAAAGUUAAUGGGAAGAGGAAAGAAAAUGUCGAAUGCUUUUGGUGUGCGUGGUUCAAUAGCAUCUACCAGAGGGAAGACACUGGAAAAGGUGGUGUCUAGGCUGGCUUGGUGUGAUUUAUUCAGUCUUUCCCAACGUCUGUUGAGCCAAGGCACAUCUUUUAUAUUAGAAACAUCCUUCGGCACGCUACCAAAAUGCGGCGUAAUGGGUUUAGUAAGGGUUUAUCAAAUUAUGGCUCGCGAGGAGCCAAGUUGGAGAACCAAUCAUGUAGAGGCCCGAUGAUUAAUACAAAAAUACAACACAGUCCUCACGAGUCUAAAAAGCCGCCGUCCUCCCUGGAGACGUGUUUGUCACCUGCGAUUAAGGCUUCCAAACAAAAACAAGCGUACUUCCUCCCUGACGUCUGUGCACGGGAACUGUAAAUUAAAACAGCUCAGGUUUUCACUCGUACAGCACGAAGAACAUCGUGGAAAGCCAAUCGAGCAUUUAUUCGACGUCAUUGAUAUCCAGCUUAUGGUCCGUGUACUAGUAUGCUCCUUCACCUCACUAGUAAGACAGCUACAGUGGAUAUAAAAAGUCUACACACCCUUGCGCCACGAGUGUGCUGAAUUGUCCUACUAGUGAGGACAAAGAGCUUACUAGUACAUGGCCCUUAAGAUGGAUAUCAGUGAUGUCAAAUAAAUGCUCAAACGGCUUUCCAUACGUUCUGAAAUGUUUAAACCGGUCAUUUUUUUCCUGUUAUGUAUCCAUCCCAAUGUUUCCAUGCCACCAGGAGUUGCUGCUUCAAUUGCAAGACUUGAGGAAAUGUUAGCUAAGUUAGCAUGUUAAAAAAGAAAAAAAAGGCCCACGUGGUCUGUGCUUCGCUUUUUGAUCACGAAUGUGUUGGAUGAUGAAUCAGUGGUCGUACAGCUCUGGGAACAAGGAAUGUAAAAGAAAUGCUUUUUUCUGUGUUUUUAUUUUUAUUUUUUUCCAUUUUCUCCUGCUCUUCCGCAACCUGUCAGAUUUGUUCAGCCCGAGUGCUGCACCAUCUCUUGUUUUGUUCUUUUUUAUACCUCCAGGGAGACUUUCUAUGAAAAAUAAAAUCAUAAGCUAAUGA